AUGAUGGUAAGGAGGAAGGCGUCUGAUGAGGGCGAUCCGUCUUCACUGGACCAGGACAAGCACAACAGCACCACCGUCAUGCUGGAGGAGGAGCGGCAUGCACGACCGACCGUGUCGCUGGGGCUGAGCACGUGGGAGGCAGUUCUGAACGAGCUGCUGGAGCUGAGGAACUCCGAUCUGAUCAAGUCCACCACGACUGCAUACAACCUGCUGCAGAGCGUGGAGGAGACGGUCCUGCCGACAUGGAAGGAGGAGGGGAGGAGCCUGCUGUCCGCGGCAGGUCUCGAUCAUGGUCAACUCAGGAAAACGGGGAUGCGAGAGGAGACGAUCGAGAAGUUGUAUCUCGGUCUGUAUGCCUUCUCCUUCGGGUUUGGAACGAUCGCACGGCAGGCGAUCGAAGGCGUCAGGGAAAAGGAGCACAGGAGGGAACUUGUACUUCAAAUCUCUCAGGUGUUCAGCACACUGACAGGAGAAGCGCUGGACGCGGAGAACCACGAUCUGAUCAGUGAGAUGAUGGAGGAAAAGGAUAGGAGGAUAGCCGACCUGGACCGGGAGAAAACGAUCCUUGACCGGAGGGUCAAGACCGUCAACGAAGAGAUUGCGUUCGCCCACCACAUGAGCAACAAGGCGCAUGCGGAGAGGAUCGCGGCGGCAGCCAAGGCGGAGGCGGAGAUAUCUGAGCAGCUGAUGACUAUAAGGCAGCUGGAGCAGGCUGUGGCAGGGCUGUCGAGCAGGGUGAGGGAGCUGGAGGAAGAGACUGGGGUGCUGAGAGGAGACUUGGAGCGUUUGGAGGGAGAGAACAAGGAGAUGUCGGAGGAGCGGGAGCAGACGAGGAGCAAGCAUCUUUCCGAGAAGAAAGCUCUGACCUCCGAGUUGUACGCUGCGAGGAACGAGGCACAAACUGCCUCCAAGAGCCUCCAUGACUUGAGCGUGCGGCAUGCAACGUUGAGCCGGGUGAACGGGAAGAUAGACGAGGAGCUGAAGUCUGUCAGGCUGCAGCUGGAGGAGGAAGGGAAGGAGAAGGAGGAGCUGCUGAUGGAGAGGACGAGGGCUCUGGAGACUAUCACACACCUGGAGCAGGAGGCGGCAAGGCAGGCAGCACUGCAGCAGCAGGAGUUGGAUCGGUUGCGGGCAGAGAAGGAGAGGACUGAGAAGCUGAUGAACGAGAUGAUCGAUCGACUGAAGCUGACGGGGAAGGAGGCGGAGGAAGAGGUUCUGCGGCUCUCGACCUCCGUCAGGAAGAUGGAGGAGGAGGUGGAGGAGAGGAAGAAGAAGGAAGCCGAGCUGUCAGAGGAGCUUGACAUGGUCUGUGCUAACGUUGCUGUUCUACGAAACUCGCUGAGGAGCGAGGAGGAAGAGAGGAAGCGGUGGAAGCAGGAGGCAGAGGAUAAAGCAGGAGCCUUGAAGGGCUUACAGGAAGAGCACAAGAACCUCCAGCGAGCCCACCGGAGAAAGGAGGAGGAGGCAGAGGCUACGGGGAAGGCUCUCAGCCUUGCUAGGAAGGAGGCAGCGAAGCUGGAGGAGGAGAGGAGGAGGGCGACGGAGGAGCUGGCGAGGGAGAUCGUUCAGCACGAGGUCAGCAGGGUGGACGGGGCCAUGAAGCUGGAGUCGAGUCACUCGUCGCGCAUGCUGCUCGUCCGGAAUACGCUGCAGAGGACAAGCGAGCAGAGAGCGUCGAGGAUGAUGAGCUUCUUCUCGUUUCAUCUGCAAAACAAGGAGGAGGGGGAGGGAGGGGAGGGGAGGGAGGGAGAAGCAGAGAGGAAAGGAGGGUUGGUGUCUGGGCUGGAGAGGGAGCAGAAGGAGAAGGAGGAGGAAAAGGAGGAACGUGCGGGCGAUAAAGAGGUCUCUUCUCCUAUCAGGUCACCCGCUCCUUCUCCUCGUGCUGAUCUCAAGUAA